UCUUCUCAGCUUAAAAAGGAAGCCACAGAAACAAAUCCCUCAGGAAUUUUUUUAAAAAACUUUAGACAGAAGCUCUUUUCCUUAAGCUAAGACAUACCCGGAACAACGGGGAUGCUUAGGAGCAGGAGGAGUUCUAGGAGGAGGAGGAAAUGGCAGCCCCACCCAACUCAGGAUGGAAGGAAAGUUUCUAUAGUAUGAUGACUGUAAUUGCUUAGAGAGGCAAUUAGGUCUAUAUCUUAAUACUGAUGAGGUGAAAGGCUCUUGCUGACAGAAGGAGGAGGUAGAUGGAUCGGGUGGCAGCCUUGGAGCUCAGAUCCGUGGAUCUGCAGAGCCCCAGGAACAACAAGGAGCAUCACACACAGGAGAUGGGCCUGAAGCGGCUUAUCGUGCGCCGGGGCCAGCUCUUCGUGCUCCGACUGAAUUUCAACCGACCGUUCCAGUUCCAGACUGACCACAUCACUUUCGUGGCUGAGACUGGACCAGCACCCAUGGAGCUGCUGGGAACCCGAGCCACCUUCUCACUCACCCAGGCCCGACAGGGGAAUGUCUGGAGUGCUUCUGACUUCACCAUUGACUCCAACUCGUUCUCCGUCUCCCUUUUCACACCAGCCAAUGCAGUCAUUGGCUCCUACACUCUGAAGAUAGAGAUCUCUCAGGGCCAGGGUCACAGCUCAACUCACCUUCUGGGGACUUUCAUCCUGCUUUUUAACCCUUGGAGUGCAGAGGACGACGUCUACCUGCCCAGUGAAGUACUGCUGCAGGAGUAUAUCAUGAUGGACUACGCCUUUGUUUACAAGGGUCAUGAAAGAUUCAUCACCGCCUGGCCCUGGAAUUACGGGCAGUUUGAAGAGGACGUUAUAGAUAUCUGCUUUGAGAUCCUGAACAAGAGCCUGUACUUCUUAAAGAACCCGUCCAAAGACUGCUCCCAGCGGAAUGACGUGGUGUAUGUCUGCAGAGUGGUGAGCGCCAUGAUCAACAGCAAUGACGACAGCGGCGUGCUGCAGGGGAACUGGGGAGAGGACUACUCCAUGGGGGUCAGCCCGCUGGAGUGGAACGGCAGCGUGGCCAUCCUGCGGCAGUGGUCAGCCAGGGGUGGGCAGCCUGUGAAAUAUGGCCAGUGCUGGGUCUUUGCAGCUGUUAUGUGCACCGUAAUGAGAUGCUUAGGUGUUCCAACUCGCAUCGUUUCCAAUUUCUGUUCUGCACACAACAUGGAUGGGAACUUGACCAUCGACACCUACUAUGACCAAAAUGCAGAGAUGCUGCCAAAUCAGAAACAAGACAAAAUAUGGAAUUUCCAUGUCUGGAACGAGUGCUGGAUGAUCCGGAAAGAUCUCCCGCCAGGAUACAAUGGGUGGCAGGCUCUAGACCCCACUCCCCAGCAAACCAGCAGCGGGCUGUUCUGCUGCGGCCCUGCCUCUGUGAAGGCCAUCAAGGAAGGGGAGGUCCACCUGGCCUAUGACACCCCAUUUGUGUACGCCGAGGUGAACGCCGAUGAAGUCAUUUGGCUGUUCAGGGAUGGUCAGGCCCAGGAAAUCCUGGCCCAUAACACCAGUUCCAUUGGGAACGUAAUCAGCACCAAGAUGGUAGGGUCAGACCAGCGCCAGGAUAUCACCAGGUCCUACAAGUACCCAGAAGGAUCCACUGAGGAGUGAUCUGUGUUCAUGAAGGCUUCCCAGAAAAUGUUAGGCCCUAGAAGGACUUCUUCAGCCUUCCUGGAUCUUCUGGGGUCCAGGGGCUUUCAGGAUCAGCCAGCACAGCUGCAGCUUCACCUGGCCAGGACGCCUGAGUGGGGCCAGGACCUGCUGCUGAAGCUGCAUGCCCGGAGGGUGGCAGACAGAGCCCACCCCCAGGGUCCCAUCAGACUGGUGGUGCGCUUCUGUGCGCAGGCUCUGCUGCACAAGGGUGGUACCCGGGAGCCCCUCUGGAGGCAAACAGUGUACUUGAACCUGGAUUUUGGGGAGGAGAUACAGUGGCCACUCUUGCUACCCUUCAACAAUUAUGGAAACAAGCUGACAGAUGAAAAGCUGAUCCGUGUGUCUGGCAUUGCCAAGGUUGAGGAGACAGGGAGGUCCAUGCUGGUCCUAAAAGAUAUCUCUCUGGAGCCUCCCCACCUAUCUAUCGAGGUAAGUGAGAGGGCUGAGGUGGGCAAGGCACUGGGAGUCCACAUCACUCUCACCAACACCCUAAUGGUGGCUCUGAGUAACUGCAUGAUGGUGCUGGAGGGAAGUGGCCUCAUCAAUGGGCAGAUAUCAAAUGACCUUGGGACUCUGGUGCCUGGACACACUAUCCAAAUUCAACUGGACCUCUACCCCAUUAAACCUGGACCCCGCCAGCUGCAAGUCCUCAUCAGCAACAAUGAGGUCAAGGAGAUUAAGGGCUACAAGGACAUCUUCAUUGCUGCAGCCAGGGCUUCUUGA